AUGAGCUUAGUUGACGCAACUUAUGUUGAGCAAUUUUCAAACCCCUUUUACAGAUUCCACCCGUCCACAAUUGAAGAGACACCAAACGGUCUUGCAGUCCUCGGCCACAACUUUGUUGCAUCCCUGAUUGUAAAAUACGACCAUCUCGACAAAGCAUUAGCAAAUGCCCUUUCCUUAAAAAUCGACCAAGAAAUGAAAAGAGUUUCUGAUUCUCUUCACCACAAAGUAAUUAUUCCUGAGCUCAGUGACAAGUUUGCAAUCUCCACUGCUGAUGCCCACCAUAGACUAAAUUUACGUGAAGGAAAAGAGCAUUUAACUUUUCCUGAAAGGGCUAGUGUGAUUGUACCGAUUUCAGACUGCUCCUUAAGAGAAAUUGCGAAUUACUUUGGGAGGAGGAUUUUGGAACAAGUGGGAGUGCAAGAGUUUGUGACGGCAGGGGUCAAGAAGAUUAAAGUGGAAAUCAAUUAUAAUGAGUCGAUGAAGAAAGCUUCUGCCACUUUUGAUCUCAGGUCGUAA